AUGUGCAAAAAAAAGAACAAAACGGAAAAUGAUUCCGAAAGUGAUGAUCCUGAAGAAGAGUUGACAUACACUGAACAAACACAUGGAAUGUUUCUAGACACAUGUUUACAACCAGUAGAUAUUGCACAAGAAGUUUUGGAUCAACAUUUUGACUCUGUGUUAUCAGUUGCCCCUGCUGAGAAUAAUCAUCCCAUUAAACUGUUAGAAGAUGCUACAAAUGAAGGAAAAUGUUUUCCUAUGUUAUACCCCACGGGAGCUCCUACUUUUCAUGACCCUCGCAAAGAAAGAAUAACCCUGGCAAAAUAUUUAAAUACACGUUUACUGAAUGCUGAUGGCAGAUUUGCUAAAAACACAGACUUCAUAUUCUAUGCCCAGUACAUAUCAGAAGUACAACAAGUUCUUUCAAAUGUUUCAAUUGCCAUGCGCAAAGGUUCAGGCACUGAAUUGACUCACAAAGAGCAACCCAAUUUGUUAACUGAUGCAGAAUCUUUAAAACGAUUGUUAAAAAACGACGAAGGCUACAAGUUCUUAAGACCUAUACGUGGAACACCCCCCUUUUGGCAAUCUGCACAAAAAGAUCUGUUUGCUAUGAUACGACAACUAGGAAUCCCCACAUGGUUUUGUUCAUUUUCCUCAGCUGACAUGCGCUGGCCUGAAAUGAUAACAACACUCAGUCAUGAACAAAAUAAAAAUGUGCCUAUUGAUGAACUGACUUGGUCAGAGAAAUGUGCAUUGUUGAAACAAAACCCAGUUACAGCUGCAAGAAUGUUUGACCACAGAUGGCACAGUUUCUUAAAAGAUGUGAUUAUGUCUCCAGCUGCUCCUAUUGGAAAAAUAUCAGACUACUUUUACCGUGUAGAAUUUCAAAACAGAGGCUCCCCUCACUGUCAUUGCUUAUUCUGGGUGGAAUCAGCCCCUCAAAUUGACAAAGACCCUGAUGAGAAAGUUGUAGACUUUAUUGACAAAUAUGUAUCUUGUGAACUGCCAUCAUCAGAUGAUGAUGAACUGUGUGAGAUUGUAAACACUGUGCAAAAACAUAGCACUAAGCACUCAAAAACCUGUAGGAAAAAAAAAACUGAAUGUCGGUUUAACUUUCCACGACCCCCAUCUUGUCGAACAUUUAUUGAUCGUAAUAACACUGAAGAAAACUUGAAUGUCACUUAUGCACAAAAUCAAUGCAAUACAGAACAAUCACAUCAACCAAUGAAUGAGGAAGACGAAUUGAGAAAACUGAUGACACCAGACGUGGCUGAAAAGAUGUUGAAAAUGGUCAGAACAACUUUACUAAAUAGUGACCAAACAUUUGAAUCGACAGAGGAACUGUUUGAAAGCAUCGGCAUUUCACAAUUGCUUUUUGAAAUAGCAAAUUCACAACUAACCAAUAAAACCAGCGUUGUUUUAAAAAGAAAGCCCGGUGACAUUUGGAUUAACCAAUUCAACAAAGACCUGUUAAGAGCUUGGAAUGCCAAUAUGGAUAUUCAGUACAUUGUGGAUGCAUAUUCUUGUGUAGUGUACAUUAUUUCUUAUAUAUCCAAAGCAGAGAGAGAAAUGGGAUUGUUACUCGAUUGUGCACAAAAAGAAGGACAUAAAGGCAAUCUGGAUGCCAAAGCUGCAUUCAAAUCACUCGGCAGUGUUUACCUUCAUAAUAGAGAAGUGUCUGCACAAGAAGCAGUAUAUCGACUAACUGGAAUGCAUUUAAAGGAAUGCUCACGCAAAGUAACUUUCAUACCAACAGGAGAACACCCUAUGCGCAUGAGUUUACCUCUCAGUGUAUUGCGAGACAGAAAACAAAAUGACAACAAUGAACAUAACACUAUAUGGAUGACAAGUGUGAUAGACAGGUAUAAACAUAGACCACAAUCACCACUGUUUCAAAACAUGUGCCUUGCCACGUUUUGCUCGGAAUAUCGAGUCUUGAGUCAAAGUGAAGUCCCAGCUAAUCCAAGCGAAUGUGUCGUUCAACUUCAGGACAAUUCUGGCCACAUCAGAAAAAGAACACGCACGGAACCAGCUGUUAUUAGAUAUGCAAGACUGUCACCCACAAAAGAUCCAGAAAAAUAUCAUCAAAGCCAGUUACAAUUGUUUUUGCCCCACUAUGAAGACUGUCAGUUGAAACCACAUCCUUUUGUAACAUACGAAGAUUUUUACAAUGUUGGAAUUGUACGUGACUUCAGUGAUGACAUAGACAAAGUUAAAGAAAUUGUUGAGAAUAAUAGGUCCUUGUAUGAACAAAAUUCUGACAAACUAGAUGAUGCUCAACUCAUUAUGGAACAGCAGGUUGAUUUGGAUGAUGCAUGGGCACAGAUUUGCCCCCAGUCUGAAAUGGAACGCCUUCAAUGUUUACAAUCCCAGGAGGUUAUGCACAAUAAAACUGAUUUACAACCCAUUUCAGAAAAUAUUCCAGACCUGACAGAAACUUUGCCUAUGACUGGUAACAUAGAAGUUAGAAAAACAUUCAUGACUAAAGAAGCAGCAUGGAACAUAAUGAGAUCUUUAAAUGAUGAGCAAGCGCGCAUAUUUUACAAACUACGUCAGUGGAGUUUAGAAACAGUAUGGGGACGAAAACCACAACAAAUACACCUUUUUGUCACUGGUGGAGCGGGCACAGGAAAAAGCCAUUUGAUUAAAGCCAUACAUUAUGAGUUGUCUCGAAUUUUAGCGCAACUAUGUACAAACCCUGAUGACACUACAGUGCUAAUAACAGCUCCUACUGGCGUUGCCGCGUAUAACAUUGGUGCUGCUACCAUACACAACACUUUUUGUAUUGGCACAGAUGUGCGAUUACCUUACCAGCCGUUAGGUGAGGAAAAGAUAAACUCUUUACGAGCUAAACUAUCCAAUUUACAAUUACUGAUCAUUGAUGAAAUAUCAAUGGUAGACAACAGACUCUUUGCAUACAUUCACGGAAGACUAAGACAAAUAAAACAAUCCGGAGAUCAUUCUUUGUUUGGAAAAGUUAGCAUGGUUGCUGUGGGAGAUUUUUACCAGUUACCGCCUGUGAAAGGGAAACCUCUGUACAGUGAUAUGCCAGGACUGAACAUUUGGAACGAUCACUUUGAAAUUGCACAUUUGACACAAGUUGUGAGACAAAAAGAUUCAACUUUUGCUGAGUUGCUAAAUCGCAUACGUGUCCAUCAAAAAUCAACUCCUAUGUUGCCUACCGACGUUGAAAUAUUGAAGCAAUGUGAAACAGGAGAAGUCUCGAAUGCACUCCACAUUUUUGCUACAAAUAAACAAGUUUGCAAUUACAACUGUCAAAUGCUCAAUUCAAUUUGCCCAAAUGCUAUAACUAUUGAAGCACAAGACUUUGAGCGUAAUCCAAAAACAGGACGUAUGGAAAGAAAGAAUGGCCACCACACCAAAGUUUUUAAUAGUUGUCUUAAGCCAAGUGUGAGUUUGGGUAUACACGCGUGCAUCAUGCUGACUAAAAACAUUGACGUUUUAGAUGGACUCGUUAAUGGUGCUUUUGGGACAGUUAUCCAAAUCAUGUUUGAUACGGACAAAUACUUUCCCUCUGAAAUACAUGUUGAAUUUGAUGACAGUAAAAUUGGACAACUGCAAAGAGCUAAAAUAACUACAGCAAAUAAUACUCAUCGAAACCUCACAAUAAUUAAACCUGUAGAGGACAGAGUCUCGAACAAUGGUGGAAUACGCCGUCAGUACCCAAUACAAUUAUCCUGGGGUUGUACCGUUCACAAAGUUCAAGGUCUUACAGUGAAAAGUGCAGUCGUAAACUUGAAAAAGAUAUUUGCACCAGGACAAGCUUAUGUAGCUUUAAGUCGUGUGUCUUCGCUGUCAGGCUUAGUAAUUGAAGACUUAAACGAGUCAAAGAUUUAUUUCCAAUGA